GUUUUUUCUCCAAUGGAAUUGGGAAGCAUUACUCACUUUCUUCAGGACAAGAAUGUAUUGGUCAUUGGUGCCACUGGCUUCCUUGCCAAAAUCUUUGUGGAGAAGGUAUUGAGAGUUCAACCAAAUGUGAAGAAACUUUAUCUUCUUUUAAGAGCCACGGAUGCAGAAUCUGCUACUCGACGACUGCACAAUGAGAUUAUGCGGAAGGACUUGUUUAGAUUGUUGAAGGAAAAUCUGGGUUUGAAGUUCAAUAACUUUGUCUCUGAGAAGGUGACUGUGGUGCCCGGGGACAUCUCUAAAGAGGACUUGAAUUUGAAGGACUCUGUUUUACGUCAAGAGAUUUGCAAUCAAAUUGAUGUCAUUGUUAAUUUAGCUGCCACAACUAACUUUGACGAAAGAUACGAUGUUGCAUUGGGUAUAAAUACAUUUGGAGCCAAGCAUAUCUUAAGCUUCGCCAAAAAUUGUAUUAACCUUAAGGUGCUUGUUCAUGUAUCAACAGCAUAUGUUUGUGGCGAGAGAGGAGGGCUGAUAUUAGAGGAUCCAUGCCAAUUGGGUGUGUCAUUAAAUGGAGUGCCAGGACUAGACAUUGAUGUGGAAAAGAAAGUGGUGGAUGAGAAAUUGAAGAUGCUUAAAGAAGAGGGAGCCUCAGAAGAUGAAAUUAAAAUGGCCAUGAAGGACUUAGGUAUGAAAAGAGCAAGUGUAUAUGGAUGGCCAAACACUUAUGUCUUCACAAAGGCGAUGGGAGAAAUGCUUGUAGGAACUUUAAAGGAAAACAUGCCUGUUGUUAUUCUACGCCCUACAAUUGUUACUAGCACUUACAGAGAACCAUUCCCUGGCUGGGUUGAAGGUGUAAGAACCAUAGACAGUUUAAUUGUUGCUUAUGGUAAAGGAAAAUUGACAUGCUUCCUUGCGGACAUUAAGGCGGUUUUUGAUGUGAUACCAGCUGACAUGGUGGUGAAUGCAAUACUAGUGGCUAUGGUGGGUAAUGCAGAUCAGCGCCCCUGUGAUAUGAUAUACCAUGUUGGUUCCUCUGUUGCAAAUCCAGUGAGAUACCUUAAUCUUGAAGACUACAACUUCAGAUAUUUUUCUGCAAAACCGUGUAAGGACAAGGAAGGAAAGCUUGUCAAGGUUAGCAGAGUCACAAUAUUGGACAACAUGCCUAGCUUUCGGAGAUAUAUGUUCAUCCGCUACUUGCUUCCACUAAAGGGGCUAGAGCUAGUCAACACAGCUUUCUGCCAAUAUUUUCAGGGAAUGUAUCUUGACAUUCACAGGAAGAUCCACAUUGUGAUGCGGUUGGUUGACCUUUACAAGCCUUACUUGUUCUUCAAUGGCGUAUUUGAUAACAUGAAUACAGAAAAGUUGCAAAUAGCAGCAAAACAAGGGGAAGCAGAGAUGGAUGUGUUCUACUUUGAUCCAAAAAUGAUUGAUUGGGAGGACUACUUCAUGAAUAUCCACAUUCCUGGCAUCGUCAAAUAUGUUGUCAAGUGAUACACAUGCUCGGGAAUCUGAUAUUGUUUGUAGCUUUUGUCUUAGAAGCUAGAAUCCCCAUUGAAUUGAACAUUAUGCUAUCUGAGAUUAUGCAUUGGUGUGGUACCAAUUUAUUUAUAUAUAUAGCAAAUAUUUGAACUUCUCAUAAAAAAGACUCAUAAUAUUUCAUUGUUAGUUUAU